CACAUGCCCAUGCAACCGCGUUUGACAAGGUGAUGAGACAACAACUGCGGAACCGUUACCGUUCCCUUUCGCAAGAAGAGCUUGACGACCGCUUCGAGUUGUUGCGAAUCAACAUGCCCCCCUGGGUGGACAAAAAAGACUGGUGUGGCCUAGGGAAGAAGCUGAGCAAUUGCGUGGAGGCGUGUGGCUGCCGACCGGGUGCGCCGAUAGCCGAGAAAGAUUGGCCCGUUUACGUGGCGGCCGGAGUGGAAGCGGAAGAAUCUUCUGUGCGGCCGAAUCUAGGACCGGAGGGACUCGUUCUGUCACAACGACCACAAGAGGACGGUCCUCGUGCAGGAGCUGGAGUUCAAUUAGGCCUACAUGAUUAUCACGAGCAGAGGACCACGACGUCGACCAUGAUGCCAAGCUCGCUUGUAGUUCAUCAACAACAUGGACCAAGG